GGCCGUUCAAAUGACCUUAACCAGCGCCUAAUAUGGCUGUGUGAAAUGCCGUCACUAAUUGUCCAUUGUUGCACGUGGAAUGUUGGUGAUGAAAAACCGGGAAACGAAGACCUCUCUUCCCUUCUUGGAGUUAACGCGAAACCAUCACCCGAUGUAAUAAGCGUUGCACUUCAAGAAGUCUGUGGAGAUGAUGCAUGGAGACAAAAGCUUUUGGAACACUUGUAUCCCCAUGGUUAUGUGCUGAUCAAGUCACGUAAUUGUUGGGCCAUUUGGAUUUUCUCAUUUUUAAAGCGAAACCUUUUGCCUGCAGUCACGAAUAUUGAGUCCGAGGUAACAGCCUCAGGAUAUGCUGGUGUCAUGGGAAAUAAGGGUGGGGUUAGUGCAAGGUUUGAACUUUGCGGGAUAAAUAUGAUAUUUCUUUCGUGUCAUUUUACUGCCCACAGAGAAAACAAGCAAGAUCGUUUAAAUGAUUAUAUCGAUAUUAUAGAUCAUCAGAGUUUUAGGGAUGAAGAUGUCAAUGUCAUCAUUGAUCAUGAUUAUGUUUUCUGGAUGGGUGAUUUAAAUUUUCGUAUCGAUCACCUCAAAAAAUCUGAAGUGGAGUCAAUGGUCAAAGAAAAACGUUUUAACGAGCUUCUACAACAUGAUCAACUUCUUAAUAUGAAAAACGAGAAAUUGUUAUUUCAUGAUUUUAACGAAGGCACUAUAUCCUUCCCCCCAACUUUCAAAUUUGACAAAGGAACGGAUACGUACGAUAGUAGUAAAAAGCAGCGCGUUCCUGCGUGGACAGACCGUAUAUUGUAUAUGGUUCACCGAGAUUUUGCUCUUGAUCACCACCUUAACCUCCCUGAAAAUGACCGACAGAGACCAGCUAGCCCAUCCCGUCGAUUGCCUGUACGUGGGUCACCAUCCGAAGUGGAAGAAAAGUUCCCAGCAAACAAAUCUAUCAAGGGGAGACAACACCCUGAGGCCGUUUUACUCAAGUAUACUAGUUUGAAUGAAUACAAAACCUCGGAUCAUCGGCCAGUUAUCGCAGUAUUCAAAUUAUCUGUGCCUCCAAGAUGGUUUAGUUUACCUGUCAAAUUUAUUGAGCCUGAUGGCAAAGCAUAUUCAUUCAAUACCAAUUUGGAAAUAUCGUACCAAGUUCUUGAUCCACCCGGCCUAUUAAGGCUUUCAGAAACAAAUUCAUUACUUUCAUCCAAACAAUAUGUUCCAGUAUCUGAUUUUGCCAAACUACUAUUAUUGAAUACACUAGGACACUCUUCAAAAUCGGGAAAAUCAGAAAGCACAAAUGAUGAUGAUUUAGGCCCACUGGCUCCACCAACUUUACAAACUACAUCAUUUGACUGGAUAGCCCUUUACCCAGCAGAAUUUGCAGAUCUGGAAAAAGACUACAUAACCUAUGUUUAUGCAUCAAGUAAUGUAUCUCAAACGAAGCACCGAAAAAAUUCUGUUUCUUCCGCUUUAUUGCAGCCUCCAAAUACAGCGAAAUUUCAAGAGUUAUAUAAAGCUAGAAUUGAGUCAAGUCGAUUAAAGGAUUUACCUGGUCAAUCAUUUUGUCUUGUUUAUAUGAGUCGCAAUAAGCAUUGUCCUCAGGGUUAUAGUUUACCUUUUAAAUUACAGAAUUAAUUAAAUACUCAACUUAUAGAAAAGAAUGUUUGAUCAACGGACAAUACAACCUUGAAAGAUUAAUAAUGUCUCCUGUUUAUUAGUUACCUCAGUUAUACAAAUACGUCAAUCUCAUUUAUCUUACUCUAUGUUGUGCUGUUUUAACUGUGUUUUCCUUGUAUGUAUUACGCUUAUUAUUAACAUUAUUUCUCGUUCAGUAUCGUGAUUAUGUUGUUUCUUCCUUUUUAUUCACUUUUUUUCGUGAUUGUUUACUUUCAUUGUUUUUCUAUUGCUUUUGAUUUUUUCAUUUCAUGCGAAACUCAAUUUUAAGGUAAUAUAUAGAUGUAUUCUUUGUUUUGUGACUAAGCACUUGAAAUUAUUGUUUUUGGCUUUUUGAUUAUAGAAUAUAUUUCACAGGGUAAAAAGGUGGCUUACUGUUCCAUUGUUGCUUCUAGUUGAGUUUGGACAGCUAGUUAGCAUCACUAGCUCUCAUAUAUAAAGAUGAUCAGUACUCAAUAACUUAGUUGAGUUAUCAUAUCUUACAGUUAUAUAUUGAGGCAUUGUUGAUCAACAUCACAUACUUACUUUUUGACUUGAGGAGAAAUUAAAAAGAAUGGUCAUAAAAUUACUGUUCAAAUCUAUGUUUAUCAUUUUAAAUAGAGUGAUCUUGUUCAUGAUCAAAAUUGAUAAAGCACUUUUGUAAAUCAUUAUCAACAUGUUUAAUUCUCCCAAAGGAAUUUUAAAGUUUGUUCAAAUUGAUUAACCAAUUGCCAA